GCCGUGUUCGGUUUCAGUUUGCUCAUGUUUACGAUUACAAAGGGAGGGGGUCCAGAAAAUGAGCCGGCUCGCGCGGCGGAGAGAGGCCCGCGCUGAGCCUUCCGUCCUGAGGCUUCCGCCCCUCGCCAGGACGUGAAGAAAAUGUUACGAGGUCACAGGUAGACGUCCCAGGCCCCACCUUCCCCCCUCUUCUUUCAUUCUAUAAUGUUUCUGAAAACAGUUCCUCCUGUGGUGGCAGUUCACUCAGAAUGGAGGUCCGGUAAGAGCUUGAGCCUGCCACUUUGCUUCAAUGAUAGUGCUUCAGACAGUGACUUUGUAUCAUCCAGCGGAACUCCCAUCCCGCACAAAGUCCAGAUGAUCAUCGACAGCCUCUGCAGCACACAGUCCUCAGACAUGAGCAAUGAGGUCAACUCUAGUGCCCAGUCUGCCCUCAGCCUGCCCAAGCCGACAUGUGGUGGCCACAAGUCUUGUCGCCGAGCAGCGACAGAGAGCAGUAAGCUUCGUGCAUUCGGCUCUGACGCCACUGAAGGUUCAGAUAGCGAUGAUUCUGUGGACCGAGGGAUCGAGGAGGCCAUUCAGGAGUACCUGAAGGAGAAAGUGGACCAAAAGGUUAAAAGGGAGCCAGUGGAGGACCCAAUGCAGAUACCAAAAGUUCAACAGGAAGGAAAUUGUAUGCCAGAUGCACCUAAACAGCUCAUGCAUUCCACCAAGGUGCUAACUACUAGCAACCCUACACUGAAAGGUUCAAAAGGAAUCCAGCCAUUGGUAGGCUUGAAGAAAAAGAAAAAAACAAUCAAAGAGAAAACUUUGCCUACAAAAGCUCCACCUUCUUCUGGAACAUCUUCCUGUUUGCCACAAGUGGAUUGUACAUCAGCUUCACUCAGAAUAAAAGAGGAAGAUUUAAUGGAUUCAAGCAGUGAUGAUGGCAUUGAAGAGGCCAUACAGAAAUUUCAGCAAGAAGAGAAGGAGCGUCAUGAAGGCUUGAGGUGCUUUAAUCUGAACGACGUGCUGGACUCUAGUAGUGAUGAUGGCAUUGAGGAGGCAAUCAGGAACUACCAGCAGGAAAGGCAGAAGGAAAAGGAACACAAAAUUCACCCAACGCAAAGCUGUUUGAUUGCUGAUCGCAUUGGUGUUAAGCCUCUUAAAAAACUAGCUAAGAAGAAGAACAGAAAGAAAAAUACAGUAGAACCUAAAGAAAUAAAGUGUCCUUCACCUAAACCUGUAGGCCUCUCUUUCAGCAUGUUGCCUACAUGUAUGGUGGCCAGUGGGGAUUCAUUGUGCUCCACUAGAGCCGAAGAGCCACAGGAUGGACGGCAAAUUCAUUCUACACUCACAGUCAACACCACUGCUGAGCUGAUGUGUGCCGAGGCCAUCUUGGACAUCUCUAAAACUGUCAUGCCUGCAGCAUUUGAGCCCAACUUGGACCUGGCCAGUACCCCAACAACAGAGACUGCGUCUUUCCUUCCCACUGGAGUUUCACUGCAGCAGUAUGAGAAGAGUGAUGAAAGCUCUGUGGACAGUGAGGAUGGAAUUGAGCAAGAGAUUCGUAAAUUUCUGGAGCAUAAAGCAAAGCUGCAUGAACAGGCAACCGCAGCUGACCACCCUGGAGUAUCUACAGUUACUAAAGGCCCACAGCACAUUAAAGUUGAGGAGGAUCAGAACAAAGCACUAAGGCUGUCCUUCUCACGGAAAAGGAAACGGAAAGAAGCAGAUGGCAUGAAUUGUAAACAAGGAAUUGCUGGUAAUACAGUAAAAGAGGAUCCUCAACCCAAACCCCUAACCCAGAGUGAGUUCUCUUCUGUUACAUGGCACACUUGUAGCCCAAAUACAGUAAAGAAAAGCAACCCUACACAGUACUCUCCCCUUCAUAGCAUUACAGAAGGAGCCACAUCCAUGAACAAGGGUUCUAGCCUUGGAAGCAGUCCCUUAAAGUAUUUUAUUGGAUCGGAGAGGAACUACAGCAGUGAUAAGAGUAGCUCUCUGGACAGUGAUGAGGAUCUUGAUGCGGCAAUAAAAGAUUUGCUCAAGACAAAGAAAAAAGUGAAAAAAAAAGUCCGGGACAUGAAACUUAAGGCACGAAAGAGCCAUAAACCUAUCCAACAACCAGGUACUGACACCUUGAAAAAACAUAAAUCUGUCAAGGAUCAAAAUUUGGUUCUUGCAUCUAAGCCCAUGAAACCCGGGGUUCUAAAAAGCAGCAAAGGGCUGAUGAGCAUAUCCAGACAGGACAAAGGUGCUAAGCCUAAAUGUUUGAAAUCACAGAAGAACAGCAAGAAACCUAAAGUCUCCACAAAGGAAGCCCAGGGCUCUGAAUAUAAGACGGCAGUCCAUGGAGUCCAGUCUACACAUGUCGAUGAGGACAGCAGCUCAGUGGACAGCGAUGACAGCAUCGAGCAAGAGAUCCGUCGGUUCUUGGCAGAGAAGGCAAAAGGGUCUUCUACAUCAGUGACCACGCAGAAGCAGGAUAAUGCUGGAGGUGCAGAAGAAGCUGCCUUCACUACAUUUGGAGACAAAAAUGUUAAAAUAGAGGAGCUUCAGACAAAGUCUUCUGAUCUUACAAGGGCGUCACUGAGCAUUGACCCAAGUCAGGAAGAGCAAACACAGGGCAUUCCCAUGAACAUUAAGGGGCCAGCUUCAUCAUAUGCCAGCUGUUGCAGUUUGGAAGACGACAGGAUUGGUGAUAAAUUGCAUGAGAGGACUUUGCAUGAGUGCAGGAAUAUCAGCUUAGAAACAGACAAAGAUUGGGCUCAAAAGGUAACAGGAAAGUUCACAGACAGAACAGAUUCUGAAACAUUUGUUGUUAAUGUAACUGAUCCACAGGAGCCCAAGGGUGCAGCGCAGCACCAGAACCUGUUUCUGAUGAAGCAUGAUAACUGCAGUAUAAGUACAGCUAGGGAAAAAUCUUCAGCAGACCUGUCAAGCAGCUUGCAGAACAGGAGUAGAAUUCCUCUUAUAGAGGCUAUCAGCACUGUGUGUCCCUCCCCCCCCCCAGUAGGAAAACACUUCCUUAGUUCCUCUUCAGAGACUCUCUUGGUUACCAAGGAAGAUUGCCAGGAAAGUCCUGCUGAGAGCAGGUCUGAUUCAUUUGACCUGAACAGUUGGGAAAAGAAAGGACAAUGGGACCAACCACCUAAUCUGAUCUCUAACACCAGACACACAUCCUCAAACCCUGCACACCUAUCUAGGCACCUGCCUCCUUACCCCUCUCACCUUUCAUGUGUCCCCCUACCCCUUGCCCUAUCCCAGCCACGUGCAGGUGCAGGCUUGGUGCACCUGCGCAGAGAUCAGCCCUCAGUUGUAGCUCUGUCAGCUCACAAGUCCACUCACCUGCAGCUUAGAAAUACACAGAAAGAUACCAGAAAUGAAGGGAGGGAGGAAGAGUCGGAAAGGUGCAUAGAUGAGACAGAUGUAGAAUCAGGUGAAGAGAAGACAGAUAGGAGACAGCAGCAAUGCAGCCAGUGAGUACAGGCCCUCUCUAUCUAUUUCUUUCCUUUCCUGUUCUGACAGAACCUGCAAAGAGCCAGCAUAGACCCUGUGCAUGUCUUUCCACCUACAGCACUCCAUAUGGCCUCUAAUACUCCAGAGAGUUUUGGCAUAUGAAAAAUUACUGCUUUAUGUUAGCACAGUUAUGGUGAUAAUUAGGAUUCGUUGUUUACGUGUGUGUGUGUGUGUGUGUUUCUCAGAUAAAAGCGCUCAGAGCUCAUUCGUUUUGGCCUAAUUCAGGGGCAUCGUCACGUGCAUUCUUCUUGGUGUAUGUAAUUCGUUAAUUCUGUUCACUGGACCAGAGCUUAAUGAAAGUUUUACCAAAUGGAUCAGUCAGAUCAAUGUCUGCUUGAGGAGUUAUUUACAAAAAUAAGUGCAUUUUGUAAUGUAGCUAAAAAUAUUUUUCUUCAUAGAUUGAUUACAUAUCCUAAUGUGUCUAGUUCUGUAAUUCACAGACGGUAUUCUAGUGCUGAGCAUCAGAAUGACGGCUGCCGUUAAUUUGGGAACCUCCCUCAGCCAAGCAGAUAGAGUAGCAAAGGAUGAUGAACAAACCUAUCACUUGACCAGUGUGCCAAAAGUUGUGGUGGGUGAUAACUUUUAAUGGUUGACCUGAUCAUGAUUCCUCCUAAGGUUUCUUUUUUGCUUAUUUGCUGCCCAGUGAGACAAAGACCUUUUUGAAGGGUGUAGCUCUUAAGGCAACUGCCUGCAUGAUAAUCCUCAGCUUGAUCGAUGGAGCAAAUAUAGUUAUAUAUAGAUUAAUCCGAGAAAAGUUUUGGAAGAUGAUUAUUAUCGGUAAAAAUGUCAGUUUGCAGCCAGCUCUAUAAUCCUUGAUGAUAGAGGAUUUUAAAAUUUUAUUCGGAGUAAAAGCUUUGGGUCCAUGUUGGCUCUGUACAGGAGAGAAUUCACAUUAGCACUCCAUCCUUGCACUCUCUCUCUGUAGUUUGUAUUAAGGUGAAUCAUGUCAUAUGCUGAUAUAAUGCAGUAGUGGUACAGUCCCAGUUGUUCUCUCACUUGCACCCUUGAAAUUCCAUUUGCUCAGCCAUCAUUCUAAAUUAAUCCAGAAAAUGUUUUGUGUGCUUUAUUUCAGCCCUUUCUUUUCCAUGUUGUUUCAGAUAUUUUGUUGUAAACAGCAAACAGUGGCAUUGGUUAGAGUUAUUUCAUCAUACUGUCAUUCAUAAAAUAUCAUAAUUAAAAGUGAUCUUUUCUG